AUGGACAAUAUACCUAAGAAUUCAGAUUUGCUUCGACAAUAGAUUUUAGAAUCAGAUUUUAUGUCAUAAACUCAGGCAAGUUUCUCUAAUUAAAGAGAUCCUGACGCUUUGGGAGAAUAAAUAUUCAAUAAAGGAAUUUCAAAAAGAGAUUAAUUAUAGAAAUCAAUGAGCAAUCCAAAUGGUAAUAACACUUAAGGUAAGCUAAUUAUGACCUCAUCUGUUUCUAAUGCAUCCUUAUUUUCUGAUGAUUCGUUCAAUUCUAAUAAUUCAUUAAAUCCCCUCGAACAAACACAAAUGAUAACUCCAAGAAGAAUCAUAGCUAAUAAUACCCUAAAUUCAGCAUAGUUCAAAAUAAUAGCAUUAAAGUACAAAGAAAACAUUCAAAAAAUAAACUCUAAAAUGGAGAGUUAUAAAUCUAAAAAUAAGAAAAAACUCUUUUCAAUUUAUAGAGUGUUUGAAUAUGAAAAAUAGGAUCAUCAAUCUAUGAUGCAUGUCUAUAAAAGAAAUCUUACUCCAAUAAGAGAAAAUUAUCAACAAUGUAACCCAGUUAGUCCUUUUGAAAAUAAUUUUAUGGUUUUUUCAUCAAGGUUUGUUUAAUCUCAUUUCAAGUAGGAGUAUCUUAAUAUACACCAUGAUGUGCAAGUAAGUAGUAAAAACAAAAAUUUCUCUACUUUCAGUGUAAUUCAACAAAAGCCACAGACUAAUAAUGAGAAAUAAGAGGAUAAGAAACUUAAUGAAUCUCUUAAUAAUGGCUAGUAAACAAAUGGAGAAACAAAAAACAACAAAAAAAAUUUGAAGGACAAUAUUAAGCGUCUUUAAGAGGCUAGAUCACAGAUAUCACCUGAACAAAAAUGA